CUUGCUCUGAGGGAAACGGUAGCUGACAACACGGAUUGGUUUGUCAGUGACCAACCAAAUGACUAAUUCCGCAAAAUACAGAAAUCAAAUCGGUUAAUACAACAGGGGGGCAGCGAUAAGUAGACCUGUGCGAGAGUGAUGUAGCCGACAGCGAAAACAAAGACAUACCUGCCAGUGUUUGUGAAAUAAUGGCUGUGAAGUUACUUGUUUCAGUAGGAGCAGGUUUAAUUUGACACGCAUGUAUUUUAUUUGCCAAGGUUUCACUCAGCUUGGAGGAAAAUUGUUUGCCAAACCACACGGACUCGUUGACUGUGACACGCGGCCAUAUAAUUUUAUUAGGUGAGGAGGGAAAGAUGGAGCAGUAUACUACAACCAGUGGGGACCAAAUUGUGGUGCAGGCUGCUAAUGGGCAGCUCCAACAACAGGCUCAGGGUACCAUAACAGCAGUACAGCUGCAGACAGAAGCACCCGUCGCUACGGCAACGGGCCAGCAAGUACAGACUCUCCAGGUAGUGCAGGGCCAACCCUUGAUGGUGCAGGUGAGUGGCGGGCAGUUGAUUACAUCCACAGGUCAGCCCAUCAUGGUGCAGGCCAUGUCUGGUGCUCAAGGGCAGACCAUCAUGCAGAUGCCAGUUUCUGGAGCUCAGGGCCUUCAACAGAUCCAGUUGGUUCAGCCGGGUCAGAUUCAGUUGCAGGGAGGUCAAACUCUUCAGCUUCAGGGUCAGCAAGGUCAGGCUCAACAAUUCAUCAUACAGCAGCCUCAGGCAGCCAUCACUGCGGGCCAGAACCAGGGGCAGAUUACAUUACAGGGACAGCAGGUUGCCCAGACAGCCGAUGGACAGACUAUUGUAUACCAGCCUGUGAAUGCUGAUGGCACAGUUCUGCAGCAGGUUUUUACUUCCUCAGGCAUGAUCACCAUCCCAGCAGGCAGUCUGGCUGGAACUCAGAUCGUCCAGGCAGCGGGCGGCACUAACACUGUCACAACCAACAGCGGUCAGGGAACAGUGACCGUUACCCUGCCAGUAUCUGGCAACAUGGUGAACGCUGGGGGAAUGGUCAUGGUAAGACCUUCUGAUGAGAUGAUGCCAGGCGGUGGUGCUGUGCCCGCUAUACAACGAAUCCCUCUGCCAGGGGCCGAGAUGCUUGAAGAGGAGCCGCUUUAUGUUAAUGCCAAGCAAUACCACCGCAUCCUAAAGAGACGCCAGGCCAGAGCCAAGCUGGAGGCAGAGGGCAAAAUCCCUAAAGAACGAAGGAAAUACCUUCACGAGUCACGUCACAAGCACGCCAUGCAGAGAAAGCGCGGCGAUGGGGGGCGGUUCUUCUCACCUAAAGAGAAAGAAGAAAUGGCCUUGGCCAUGCAGGAACAGCAAGAGCAGAACCAGGUGGGAGACGAAACUGUGGCUCAGAUGAUCCGAGUCUCAUAGCAGUGAAGUGAAUCUGAAGGCCUAAAAAUGACACCUGUGUGAAACAACAUCCAGCCUCCAACUCAAUACUAACAGACAUACUCCUAAUUCAUGUUUGUCAAGACUGUUUCACCUUUCUCAUGUCUUCCACUAUAAAGGAGGGGGCUGUUUGUUUUCUCUUCCAGGUCUAAUGUUUCUCUAAUAUUGAGAGCCAUUACUGCUUGUGCAAAGCAUAAUGAAUUUAGCUCGCAGUUUUAAAACCUAUUAACUGUUAAAGCAGAAAUUGUCCCGCAGAGAGGAGUCCAUGCACGUCUAAGUGCUAGCCAAUGAAUCAUUUAGUGAUGUGUCUCAAAGGUGGGAAUAGAAUGAACAAACGGGUACAGUUUGUCAAUGAAUUGCAUGAAAACUGGGGUAAUAUAGUUUUUUUCAAGUUUGUUGUUUCAAGUCAGUGGUAUAACCACACAUGUGAGAAACUAGUGUAUUGCACAAGUGCAUGGUAGUGUAAAGUGUCUUUUACAUGUUUGACAUGGGAAAAUGAAGGUUGGGGAAACAAAGCAAAAGGGGCAACAUUUUUUGUAUAUCAGCACUCAUCGCCUAGGAAACUCUGGACGUCCUUGUCUCCUUGGCUUUUGUACACUUUUCACUCUUGAAUUAUUUUUUACAUUAGUGGUUUGAUGCCAGAACUAUAAUUUGUUAUUUGAAGUGAAUUGAGAAUUGGUGGCUGUUCCUAGUAUGGAUUUAUGGCUCAUGUGCUUAUGGGAACUGUUUGUUAAUAAUUGUUUGAGUUUUGUCUUGUGACAUGAAUUUUCAUUAAAUUGUGUGAAGUGCA